AUGGAAACCGCCGUUCAGUUUUCAAUUCCCCCAGGGCUUACUGAUUUACUCGAGGAAUUUGUCGUCAAGUGCAUUCAAGAGAAUCCAGCUGAUUUAGUCGAGUUCGCCGCUGAUUAUUUUAACAUGUUAAAAUUAGGAAGGAAGAAGAAGGACAGCAAAGCCGCGAAAGAAGCAUCAACGUCAAAGCCGGAGAAGAAAGAAUGCAUGGAAGAGAUGGAAGAACCACAAGAACCACCGAAAAUGCCUACUCGUGGAAGAAGGAGAGCCGUAGCAGCUGAGGCGUAUAAUCCAAACGAAAGCGACGCGAAUGUGAAGCCUGUUGUUCACCCUAAAACAGAAGAACAAUUACAGCGCCUGAAGAAAUCGGUCGAGAAUAUAUUACUGUUUAAGUCGUGCGAUCGCGACCAAUUGAAGGAAAUUUUAAAUGCGAUGUUCGAGAGGAAAGUAAAACCCGAAGACGAGAUAAUUCGCCAGGGGGAUGAUGGAGAUAAUUUUUAUGUCAUUGAUAAUGGCGUCUUUGAUGUUUUUAUCGACAACAAUGGGAAAGAAGUUAAAGUGCACACCUUUAAAGAUUCGGGAAGCUUCGGCGAGUUGGCGCUCAUGUACAACUGCCCUAGAAAUGCAACUAUCAUUGCUAAAUCUGAAGGGAGCAUUUGGGCGCUCGACCAAUCCACCUUUAGACGAAUUGUCGUUGGAGCGGCCGCGCGGCGGCGACAAAUGUAUGAAUCGCUUUUGGAGAAUGUACCCAUGCUGGCGCAAUUACAGGCCUACGAGAGAAUGAAUUUGGCUGACGCUUUGGAGACGAAAAUCUUUGAAGAUGGUGAAUGCAUUAUACGCGAGAAAGACGAGGCCGAUUGUAUGUAUUUUAUUGAAGACGGGACAGUUCGAGUUACCGUUUCAGACAAAGAAAUCUCCAAGCUGACCAAGGGACAAUACUUUGGCGAACUAGCUCUUGUUUUAAAACAGCCCCGUUCCGCUUCGAUUUUCGCGUUUGGCGGCGAGGCAAAAUGCGCUUGUUUGAACGUAGAUGCAUUUGAACGUCUCUUAGGUCCAUGUAUGGACAUCAUGAAGCGGAAUGUUGGACAUUAUGAAGAACAACGGAAAAAGCUGGGACUGGAUUCGUAG